UUGUACCAUAACAUUAAAUGUAUAAGUUUAGGUUGUACCAUAAAGCAAUUUGUACCUUUAUGUUAUGGUACAACUUUACUAUUUGAAGCUGUACCAUCACAUAAAGGUACAAGUUCAAGUUGUACCAUAAAAGAAUUUGUACAAAAAGUAUAGGUACAAUCUGAAGUUGUACCAUAACGUAAACGUACAAUUUUAAGUUGUACCAUAAAGGCAAAAUUCUAUAGCACCGAUACUAUAUAGCAUUGUAAAAUUUCUCAAUGUUGAUUAGUGUAACAUUCCGGAUUUUGCGAACAAGGGCUAGCCUAGCUAGUGUAACCGACUCAGCUCGACUGAAAGGAGAGAAAGAAACUCGAAGAAAGUGAGAGGAGAUGUUAUCAAUAUGCUCGAACAAAUAUCUCUGGUGAGAUGUUCUUUCCUAAACUAAGUAUCGAUUGAUUCCCGCCAAUCGCAAUGAGAGUUCCUGGGUUUGAUUCCCGCCAAUCGCAAUGACGCCUUUCAGUAGCACCUACUGGGCAUAUGGAGGACUUGCCUGCUUGUAGAGGGUCAGGACCACCCUUGAACGUCUACACUGCCUAUUAUGGCUCAGCAGGUCGGAAUUUGACCUGCCUGUAGCGUCACUAAAUUGGCACCCGCAUGUAAGGAUUCUCGUAAGAAAAUAAAUAAAAAUUUUAAAAGCUUUUUACUGACUAAAUUAUUGUUCGUUUUGUGUCCAUCGCACGUUUUUUUUUGUGCGCGUCUUCGAGUGCAUAUCAAGAUAACUUUCUAGGAGAUCAUUCAUCCUUACAUUGUUUCAUAAUGAACAUUUUUAACUUCAGAGUUCUUACAAGAACUAUUUCAUUUCACUUCACAAUGCGUCUUGUUAGUUAAUGUCGGUUUCUUACUUAUAAAUUAUGAAUCUUUCAAGUAUGUUUUCGAUAUGAGAUUUAUCUAACGUGUUAAUAUGCGACCUACGAACUUUCAAAUGCAGGUAAAUUUACAUGUAAAAUUCGUAACAAAAUUGAAAUUAUUAGUUUUUUAGAUUAUUAAUAAAAUCUAGAACACAUUGUAGUUGAUCAAGCUAUAUACCAAAGUUUAGUGACCAUUUCGAAAUUUAACGAGAAAAGGAAAGUUCAAAGUUCAAACGCUUCUGCCUCUGUCUUCUAUGUAUCUUCAGUUCUUCACUGCGAUCACUCGUUUUCCCUUCUUCACUACCUAUCUUCUCGAUUGUCUCCUUCCGCUGCAUCGGCCACCAACGACGAAACCACCUGUAAGUCUCUCUCUCUCUCUCUUUGAUAUAAGUUAUUAGCCUGGAAAUGGCGAAUGAUUACUUCCCCUGCUCCGCUCCUUGAAGCUUCCCUGCGAGAUCCAGAGUUCUAUUUUCAUUCCUUGCUUGUUUCGUCCUCCGAUCCUUGAGUUUUCCUGCUUAGAGACCACCGGACUUCUCAUCCUUCGUUUAAUCGUUUUCAUGCUUUUAACUAUUCCAGUUCUUACGGUUCCAGCCCUCGUUCUUUCUGGUAUUGCAGUUUAGCCCUAAGAAUUUCCUAUUUUACUUGCCUACUCCCCCGAAUGCACCAUGUCUCUGAACUUCCAACUGUUUUGAGCUUCAGUUGUCAAAAAAACUCUGCUCUUUCUUCCACUACAGCUUCUGCUCUACGAAGAUGCGGUCUGGCGGGAUAAGGAGAAUGGCUGGCUCCUCGAGUAGUAUUGACAGUGAUCCGUUUGAAACGAACAAGACACAAAAGCCAAACAGUGUUGAGUAUGCUGCUUCUGCCUCCUGCUCUGCACAUUCUAGCUCCCAGCCCCUGCCAUGGGGAGAGUACGAGGUGUUUCUGAAUUUCAGAGGUCCAGACACUCGUUAUCGGAUCACCGAUAUCCUGUACCGGUUUCUGGUGAACUUGAAAAUCCGCACGUUCAGGGACGAUGAUGAGCUCCGAAAAGGGGGAAGAGAUCUGGCCCAAUCUUGCCGAGGCUAUCGAGCAGUCCAAGGUCUAUGUCCCUAUCUUCUCCGAGAAUUAUGCUGAUAGCAAAUGGUGCCUCAGAGAGCUUGCAGCAAUUGUCGAACGCCAAGGGAGAAACCGGGGCUGCGUCAUUCUCCCCAUUUUCUACAUGGUGGAUCCUAGAGACGUACGACAUCAGAAUGGACCUUACCGGAAUGCAUUUCGACAACACGAGCAGAAUAUUGAUGAAGAGACCAUAAGAAUUUGGAAAGAUGCUCUCAGUAAGGUUGGAGCUCUGAAAGGAUGGCAUGUCAAAAGCAAUGAAGAGCAGGGGGCUAUAGCAGAUCUUGUUACUGGCGUCGUGUGGUCACAUCUAAGUAAGAACAAUAAUGUCUUAGAGAUCGAUAAGUUGAUUGGAAUUGAUGAUCACGUAGAAGCAGUAAAAGAAAGUAUGGCUCUAGACUCUCCAUGUAUGAAAAUCGUUGGCAUUUAUGGUAUGGGUGGUAUUGGCAAGACUACUAUCGCCAAGGCUGUAUAUAACAACGUAUCUGCUCAAUUUGAUCGAUGUAGCUUUGUCGAGAACGUACGAGAAAUGCUAGAAAAAAAGGAUGGUGUCAUCACUUUGCAGAAGCAUAUCGUCUCUAACAUUUUGAUGGUGAACAUUGCUGAAUCCAUUGUCAACAACAGUGAAGGAAUCAGAGCUAUAAGAGAUAGAGUUUCUCGGUUCAAAUUUCUUGUUGUUCUUGAUGACGUGGAUGAGACGUUUGAAUUUGAGAAGAUCUUGGGAAACAUGGAGAAUUUUGUUUCGGGAAGCAGAUUUAUCUUUACGUCUAGAAACAUAAAAGUUUUGAGUAUGUUGGCUGAUGAUAUCAAGUUAUAUAGAGUACAAGAAAUGAGUCAUCAGCACUCACUCCAACUCUUCUGCAACUAUGCAUUCAAAAAGGAUAUUCCUCCAUCAAAUUAUGAGGCUUUGUCCAAUGAUAUCGUAUCGGUUGCAGCAGGACUUCCAUUGACACUUAAAGUUGUGGGUUCACUUUUAUUUCAAGAAGAGGAAGAGAUUUGGAGAGACAAACUGAAGCAGUUAAAAGAGAUUCCAGAGCAGAAGGUUGUAGAUAGGUUAAAGAUAAGCUACGAUACAUUAAAUGAAGAGGCGAAGCGGAUUUUCUUGGACAUUGCUUGUUUCUUUGUUGGAGAGGACAAAGAGAUCGCUUCCUAUAUGUGGAGUGAUCUUGGCUUUUUUCCGACGACUAAUAUUAAUAUCCUUAAUCAAAGGUCUAUGAUCGGAAUUGUGGUUGCAGGUUCUAGAAAAAAACUAAUUUUCCAAAUGCAUGAUCAACUCAGAGAUAUGGGUAGAGAAAUUGUACGCCAAGAAAACAUAAGGCAUCCAUGGAAGACAAGUAGGAUAUGGUCGAAGGAGAAAGCUCUGAACGUGUUACUUAACAAAAAGGGAACAAACCAAGUUGAGGGCAUCAGAAUGCGCUACCAUAAUUUUGAAAUCUUAAAGAACCUAAAUAUGGAGGAGCUUGGAACGAUUUCGAAAGAGUGCUUCAUGAAUUUAUCAGAGUUGAGAUACUUGGACAUAAAUGUUAGUGUGCUCAUUGGCGACUUUGGUGAUUACAUUCCGAAUUUAAGAUGGCUUCGAUUGAGGAAUGGACCUUCCGAUAACUUUAAUGUGGAAAAUUUGGUGAUUCUUGAAGUCUCAAGCUUCUCAUGUACGAGAGUCGACUCGGGAGGCUUGAAGCAAAUCAAGAUGGCGAGCAAGCUCAAAGUUCUGAAGCUUUCUGGUUACUGGCUGAACGAAUUUCCCCAGUUCCCACAUUCUGGGAGCCUUGAGAUAUUAGAACUGGUUGAUUCCUUCCACCAUCCGUUGAUCCGUAAGGACCUGGACAUUGGGAAUUUGUGGAACCUAAAAGAGCUGCGUCUGGGGGAAUGCGGAGUAAGAGAAAUAACGGGCGGAAGAAGUGGGAUGAUGCCAUGGGAGAACCUGAAAGUGCUAUAUCUGGACGAUUGUGAGGUAAGAGAGAUAACAGGCGGAACCCUUGGGACGAUGCCGUUGGAAAACAUGAAGGCGAUGCAUCUUCUUCCAUCAUCUCUAACCUCGCUCUUCGUUAUCAAGUGUCCAAAGCUGGAGUGGCUCCCCAAUCUAGAGAAUCUGGUGAACUUGACUGACUUACAUAUCCAUGGCUGUCCGGUCCUGAAGGAGAUCCUUGGGUCUCCAAGGACUGAAAUCCUUGGAAACUCUGAGCCUGAGUGGUCUGGAAGCUGUGUGCAGCGUGGACGGUCUUGACAGUCUCUACUCUUUGAAAUCCAUACAAAUUAACGCUUGUUCGGCGUUGGAAAGACUCGCCAGCACGGCAUCUUUGAGCCAGAGACUUUGUAUAAGUAUCCGUAACUGCCCUUGUCUCACAGAAAUCCUUGGCCUUGGAGGGCUGCAGCCAUGGGAAACACUUCACCUUCAUGAUGUACUGAGGUUAAGGCGUCUCCAUGGCUUUGAAACUGUCCCGCCUCUGAUCAUGUUAGGAGGUGUAGUUAUACGCAACUGCCCUCUUCUCACAUCACUAGCACAGGAAGAUAGGCCUUUGCAACAGAAUGGCUAAAGGCUCAAAAGCAGAUAUUCGCCUGGGCAUCAAAGCAUUUGGAGUACUUCCAAAGAGAAGGCCUCGUUGUGUCAAGCAAUGUUGUUUCGCGAGCUUAGACGGUGUUCUGAUUUAGGUGGCCGGAGUCGUGUUUCGAAUUGGGAGUCCACAGUGUCCAAUUCAUUCUGACGUUUGAGCAAUUCAAGUUUGGGGAGCAGUCUGCAUCAGACCAUAUGCUGAUCUGUGGUGGAAAUUGGGAAACAGAGUACAGAACAGGGGAAAACAGAGGAAUCCUACCUUGCCGAGAAGGAUUUCGUUGUUGCGAGGGUCAUAGAUUUGGGAUGUAUCAAAGGAAGUGACGCCCCUGCGGAUGGCAUAGUAGAUAAGAGCAAUCACCUCUGAAUCAGGCUUGCAAGGGGCAUAAAUGCAGCCAUUCCCAUGCAACCAAGCCCCUGUGUGCAACCAUUUUUUUACCAGCUCCUCUGUUCCUUCAGCUUCAGGGGAAAACUGGAAAUGGAGAAGGUGAAGAGUUUUGAGGAUGACAUUCUAAAAUGGAUUUUUGAGGGGAAAACAUUUGGAGUACUUCCAAAGAUGAGGCCUUGUUGUGUCAAGCGAUGAUGUUUGGCAAGGGUAGACACUUUUCUGAAGUAGGUGCUGGAUUCGUGUUUCGAAACGGGAGUCCACAGUGUUCAAUUCAUCUGAAGUUUGAGCGAUGCAAGUUUGGGGAACAUUCUGCAUCAGACCAUUUGCUGAUCUGUGGUGGAAUUUGGAAAACAGAGCACAGAACAGGGGAAAACAGAGGAAUCCUACCUUGCCGCAAAGGAUUUCGUUGGUUCAAGGGCCAUAGAGGCAGACAUUCCCAUUUCCCUGGCAAUCACGCCUAUGCGCUGCCCUCAUUUUUUUUUAACUAGCUCCUCUGUUCGUUCAGCUUCAGGAGAAAACUGGAAAUGGAGAAGGUGAAGAGUUUUGAAGUUGGUAUUUUAUAGUGGUAUAGUUGUCGAAUCGAUCUUACUG